CCGUUAAAGAUCGUGCGCGCGACGACCGCGACGUAGACGACGACGAGUAGUCGUUUGCCCAACACAACAACGUAUCAAGAAUUUUUUUCCUUCCUUCCUUUACCGUUAGUCUCCUUUUUGGACUCUGAGAAUAAUAAUUUUUUUUUCUCUCUUCCUUUUCCUUUGUUAUCUACGUGUCUCCAUCGCGCGUGAAAGUGAUUGUGCCGAGUGAUUGACAAACGCAGAACUGCAAAUAUUAAAACACGAGCCGCCGAGAGAGACGAAGAGAGCUGCUCAUUUGAAUUUCUCGGCGAUUUUUUUCCAAUUUUUUAAGUCUACAAAAAAAACCGAAUUGACAGCUCAUCCAUACUACAAUACCAGAUUAAGCAACGCCAAUUAGCGAUCGCUGAAAUUUCUUGAGAAAAAAAUCUUCCCAUCCUUUUGCAGUCUGCUUCGGAUAUAUAUACGGUAGUAUAUAUAGUAUACGGAGCCCAUAUACUACGGAGUGUGGCUUUGAAAAAAAGCAUACAAUUCACUUUCACGCUCAUUCAGUGCGUUACGCUCGUCGAGUAAUCACCUACUACUACUACUACUUCUAUCUCUCACUCCUUCUCUCGCCUGGGCAUAUUAUAUAGUGUGAUAAAUUUGUGCCCGUAUAAUAAUCUGCAACGAGAGAGAUAGGCACAAGACUCGCGCGACGCUGCUAACGCAGCACAUAUUCCACAUAGCUCUCUCGUUCAGGCAGUGUCGCACGGAUUUCAAAUUUUCGCGCCUCGCACACGAGCUUGUGUACACAUACACGAUAUAAUAAUAUAUAUAUAUAUCAUCUACGAUAAAAUUCCAAUAAAGCAGCAGCGCACGUGGCCUAUAUAUCCAUAUUCACAAAGGAGAACAACUGCAUCGUGCUCGACAGACAAGGUACAGCAGCGCCGACUCUUUACUGGAAGAGCAGCAGCCCGACUACGACAUGAGGUAUAAGGUGAACGACCCGGAGAGCGCUAACCAGCCACCAGCAUCGGCAGUUACAACAACGGAAGAUAACUCUUGGUCAAAGCAGCAGGAUAAUGAGAAAAGCGCGCGGACGAAGCAAACGAGGCUAAUAAUCGUCGUCGGUCUACUGGCGGUCGCCGUGAUUGCCCUAGUCGUCACGCUGACUCUUCAAACGACCAUUUUUGGAGCAUCUGGCGGCAGCGGCGAGUCCAAGGAAAUGUGCCAGAGCGAGGAGUGCAUCAAAACCGCGGCUCGAAUGAUCGAGAACCUGAACAAGAGCGUCGACCCCUGCGAGGACUUUUACGACUUUGCCUGCGGCGGCUGGAUAGCCCGCAACCCGAUACCCCAGAGCGAGAGCGUCUGGGACCAGCUGAUAUCGCUGCACGAGGAGCUCAGUCAGAAGCUGCGGCUGCUUCUCGAGGAGCCGGAUCAACCGGGCGAGCCGCGCGGCGUCAAGAUGGCCAGGGCUUACUAUCGCACUUGCCUCGACACAGAUAGCAUGGAGAAACUCGGUAUGGAGCCCAUUUACGAGGUAAUGGCCAAGCUGAAGUUGCCGCGCGACAUCCCCGAAGACGACCUGAAUCCGCCGGAGCUGGACGUGGCCUGGCUGGCGGGCAACGCGCACCGCCUGAUCAAGCUGCAUCUCAUGGUCAACUUCUUCAUCAGCGAGGACCCGAGGAACGGCACGCUCAAUCGCAUGAUGCUGGAGCAGGUAUCGCCGGUCUUGCCGGAUCGCCAUUUGCUUGACCCGGAGCGCUUCAAGUCGGAGAUCGACGAGUACAAGAAGUACGCGAAAUCCAUGCUGGAAUUGGCCGGCGUCGGCAAGCGCAGCGGCGAAUUCGCCCAGGAGAUAGUGGAUUUUAGCACGCAACUCGCCGGGAUCUUAAACACGCCGGAGGAGCGCAGGAGCCCCAACCAUAUGUUUCACGACUUAUCGUUCCAGGACCUUCAAAUGACGACGGAUAUGAAUGCUGCGCAGUGGAAUUGGACGACUUACAUCAACGGCGUGUUCAACGACACGGACGUUAAGAUCGACGCGGCGAAGGAAAAGGUGAUCGUGGUGGAUAUGACGUAUUUGCAAAAGUUGCCGCAACUGCUGGUGCUGACGCCCCCGUCGGUCAUCGCUCGUUACGUGUGGUGGUCCGUGUACAGCACCUUGGCGCCGCUCACCAUGCGGCGCUUCCGCGAGCUCGGCUUCGAGUACAGCAAGCGCGUCUACGGCCUCAAGGAGAAUCAUCCGCGCUGGAAGGUCUGCGUGUCCAACGCCAACAACUACUUCGGCAUGGCCCUCACCAACAUGUACUCCAAGAGGUUCUUCGACGAGGACCAGAAGCAAAAGGCGCUGGACAUGCUGAUGGACAUAAAGGAGGCCUUUGAGAACAUGAUCGGCGAGCUCGACUGGAUGGACGCGACCACGAGGGCCCGGGCUCACCGCAAGCUCCAGGCCAUGAGGCUGUGGGUCGGCUAUCCCGAUUGGAUUCACGACCCCAAGAAACUCGACAAGCAUUACGAGAACUUCACGGUGGUCGAGUACAAUCUUUUGAAGACGAUAUUGGGUUUGACCGGGCUCGAGGUCAAGACCAGCCUCAACGCGCUGAGAAAGAAGCCGGACAAGAAUCGCUGGGUGACGAGCGGCACCACGGCUAAUGCCUAUUACAGCGUCAUUCUCAACUCUGUCACAAUCCCAGCCGGCAUUCUGUAUCCACCGUUUUACGGCAAUGGACUCGAGUCCAUAAACUACGGAGCGAUGGGAGCCAUAAUGGGACACGAGUUGACACACGGUUUCGACGACCAGGGGAGGAGAUACAAUGAGGAGGGCGUCCUCCGUCAGUGGUGGAGCGACGAGACGCUCAAGCAUUAUUCCGCCAAAGUUGAGUGCAUAAUCAAGCAGUACGACAAUUACAGCGUACCCGAGCUCGGCCACAAUUUCACCGUAAACGGCUUCAAUACCCAGGGCGAGAACAUCGCCGACAACGGGGGCCUGCGCGAGGCUUAUCGAGCUUACUCGAAACUGCGCAAACGCCGGCCGACGCAGCAGAUCGCUCUGCCCGGCCUGGUCGAUUACAAUCAAGACCAGCUUUUCUUCCUUGGCUACGCCAAUGUCUGGUGCGGCAAUCAGACGCUCGGCGCCUACAAGACGAAUCUGGUCGAAAACGUGCACGCGCCAAAUCGGUUUCGGGUGAUCGGUACUCUGUCCAACAACGAGGACUUCGCCAAGGCCUGGCAGUGCCCGCGCGGCAGCCCUAUGAAUCCCGUGCACAAGUGCGUGCUUUGGUGA